ACAAGCUACUCACAUUUGCUCCCCUUCUUAAGGCUGGUGCGUUAGCUCCUUGUGUUGGGGAGAAGAACCUCUCUAUUCAGAAGAGUUUAUUUCUCGGGGGAAACGGGGAGAGGUUGUCCGCGGUGAGGGGGAGGGCGAAUAGCUGUGGGAGAUGAGACGGAGCGGGUCUUAGGGGGUGGAGCCUGAAAGGAAGCAGGUUUAGCUGCAGCAAUAACCAAUCCCUUCUUGGCUUGCGCUGGGGGAACGUGAGAGCACAGAAACCCCGAAGGGGCGGCCUGGGGUGGGUGGGAGAGGGGUGGAGAAUAGGCGGAGGUUAAGGAGGGAGCCCCCCAACUGAGGGGCCUGUGGGAAGGGCCAGAGUGGAGAAGGCGGAGCUCCGGAGCAGGAUUGCUGGGGGCCGGGGCUGAAACCCGUUGCAGGAGCUCGAGCCCAAACCCGAGUGAGGCUCUCUGAGCUAGCGCAGUUCUCUAGACAUAGAGCCAAAGCAGAGAGUCCUGCCACCCUUGGCUCCUGGCCUCCGGUGCCAUCAAACCCUUUCCUUCCUCAUGCUGGCCUCUCCUGCUCCGGAGCCCCCUGUUCCUAUGUCUCAGACCGAGGCGGACCUGGCGCUGAGGUCCCCGCCGCCUCCAGCUCCUGCCGGGGCUCCCCGCCUCGGCCCGGCACCCCGGCGGAUGCGUCGCUUCUCCGGAAAAGGGGAGCUCCGACCACGCUCCACGCGUUUCAGCCGCCGCAGUUCAGUGGACCUGGGGCUCCUAAGCACUUGGUCGGAGCCCGCCCCGCCCCUCCCUGAUCUCCCGGGCCCUCCGGAUUUAAGCUGCCCGGGCUCCCCCAAGUCUUUACAGCCUAACUCCGGGGAGCAGGCGGAGGGCGCACCGAGCGAGGGUCCUGCAGGGAAGCCGGGAGAUCUGGGGCGUCCGGAACUCUCAGGGUCGGGGGGAGGCCUGGGUUUCGGGGAGAUGCUGCAGAGCCCCAGUGGGGUGGCGCCUGAAAGGCUACGGGAACAGGAGGAGAAGGAAGAUACGGAAACGCAGGCUGUGGCCACGUCCCCGGACGGCCGCUAUCUUAAGUUCGACAUCGAGAUCGGACGUGGCUCCUUUAAGACUGUCUACAGGGGUUUGGACACGGAUACUACGGUGGAGGUUGCAUGGUGUGAGCUGCAGACUCGGAAACUGUCUCGGGCGGAGAGGCAGCGAUUCUCCGAAGAGGUGGAGAUGCUGAAAGGGCUGCAACACCCCAAUAUCGUCCGCUUCUACGACUCGUGGAAAUCCGUGCUGAAGGGUCAAGUCUGCAUCGUUCUAGUCACGGAACUUAUGACUUCGGGCACGCUCAAGACAUACCUGAGGCGAUUCCGUGAAAUGAAGCCUCGGGUGCUUCAGCGCUGGAGCCGACAGAUCCUGCGGGGGCUGCACUUCCUGCACUCCCGGGACCCCCCUAUCUUGCACCGGGAUCUUAAGUGCGAUAACGUCUUUAUUACGGGUCCCACUGGUUCGGUCAAGAUCGGGGACCUUGGCCUGGCCACAUUGAAGCGCACCUCCUUUGCCAAGAGCGUCAUCGGAACCCCGGAGUUCAUGGCACCCGAGAUGUACGAGGAGAAAUACGACGAGGCGGUGGAUGUGUACGCAUUUGGCAUGUGCAUGCUGGAGAUGGCCACUUCUGAGUACCCCUAUUCUGAGUGCCAGAACGCUGCCCAAAUCUACCGCAAGGUCACUUCGGGCACGAAGCCUAAUAGUUUUCACAAAGUGAAGAUACCAGAGCUGAAGGAAAUAAUCGAAGGUUGUAUCCGUACGGACAAGAACGAGAGGUUCACCAUUCAGGAUCUCCUUGCCCAUGCCUUCUUCCGAGAAGAGCGAGGUGUGCAUGUGGAGCUGGCAGAGGAGGACGACGGAGAAAAGCAAGGGCUGAAGUUGUGGUUGCGAAUGGAAGAUGCCAGGAGGGCUGGUCGUCCUCGAGACAACCAGGCCAUUGAGUUUCUCUUCCAGCUGGGAAGGGAUGCGGCUGAGGAGGUGGCCCAGGAAAUGGUGGCCCUGGGACUAGUCUGUGAAGCUGAUUACCAGCCUGUAGCUAGAGCUGUUCGAGAAAGGGUCGCUGCUAUUCAACGGAAAAGGGAGAAGCUUCGAAGAGCUCGAGAGACAGAGCCAGCCCCUCCACCCCCAGGACCCCCUCCAGUGGCUGCCACUACAGCUCCUGGCCCUGAAGCUCCCUUCCCUCCUGAACCUGAGGAACCAGAGGCAGAUCAGCACCAGCCAUUCCUUUUCCGUCACGCCAGCUACUCCUCUACCACUUCGGAUUGUGAGACUGAUGGUUAUGUUAGCUCCUCUGGCUUCAUAGAAACUUCAGACCCAGUGCUCCAGCCCCCUGGAAGGGAACCAUCCAGUCCUGCUGAUCCCCACAUCAGCCUGCCUUCGGCCUUUGCCUUGUCCAUUCCCCGAUCUGGUCCAGCCAGUGACUUCUCUCCUGGGGAUAGUUAUACUUCAGAUGCAGCGUCAGGACUCAGUGAUGUAGGAGAAGGAGCAGGAAGAAUGAAGAGACCUCCUGGGAGAAGCCCAAAGCGCAGACCUCGAUCCCGCCUCCGUGUGACCAGUGUGUCGGACCAAAACGAUCGAGUCGUUGAGUGUCAGUUGCAAACGCACAACAGCAAGAUGGUGACCUUCCGAUUCGACCUGGAUGGAGAUAGUCCUGAGGAGAUCGCAGCUGCCAUGGUAUAUAACGAAUUCAUUCUACCAUCAGAGCAGAAUGGAUUUCUAGGUCGAAUUCGGGAAAUUAUUCAGCGUGUGGAGACCUUGCUAAGGAGAGAAGGGGGCCCUGUGGGGGCCACUGGAGAUGCCCCAGCUUCCCAGCAGGAGGAGCCCAUGAUACCGGCUCUCCCUGGCCCCCUCUCACUCCCAGUCAGUGAGACCAAGAAUAGUACCUCUCUGGAACAGAGAAACUGGACAUCCUUUCCUUCCUCCCCCUUGUCACCAGGGUACCCUCUGUCUCCUGGGACCCCCUUUACUCCAGGCCCUUCCUUCCCCAUCCCGCCCCCUCAUUUACCUCUUACUUCCUCUCCAUAUCCCCUCCCUUCCUCCCAGUUUGCUUCCAGUCCUUCCCAGUUUCCUAUCACAUCUUCCCAACUCCCAGGUCUCUCUCCUUUUCCUCUUAGUUCUCCAUCCCCAUUUCCCUCUAGCCUCUCUCAAUUCCCUAUCCCAUCCUCUCCAUUUCCAAGUCCCUCUUCCUUUUCUUCUGCUUCCUCACCUUCAUUCUCCCCUAUUUCCUCCCAAUCCCCCAUCAUUUCCUCCCAGUUUCCCCCAAACAAUUCGUUUUUGCCCAGUUCUCCACCUCCAUUUCUGCCUAGCUGCUCCCAGUUCACUCUCAGCACUUCUCCCUUUCCUCCAAGUCCAUCCUCUCCUCUUCCUCCACCCCCUUCAACUCCCCUCCUUUCUCUGGCUGGUGCCUUCUCUCUGGCUGUGAUGACCGUGGCUCAGUCCCUGCUAACUCCCCAACCUGAGCUCCUUCCUCGCCCUUCAAGUCCUCCUGCCUCUCCACCAAGUCCCCCAGACCCCAUUGUACCGUGUGCCUUGGAGAGUCCACUAUCCAAAGCUGAGGAGCAAAGUGAGGCCCCCUCUAGUUCUCAGUCACUCCAGGGGGAAACCAGGCUGUCACCCAUCACAGAAGAAGGGAAGCCACAGCUUGUUGGGCGUUUCCAAGUGACUUCAUCAAAGGAGCCAACUGAACCUCUUCUCCAACAGCCCAUAGUUCUACCUCCGGAUUCCCCAGAACCUUCUACCCCUCUGUUGGCCCCUGAGAGUUCAGACACCGAGGACAGUGCCGGAGGAGGGCCAGAGACAGGGGAGGCUCUAGCUGAAAGUGACCGGGCAGCAGAGGGACUGGGGCCUGGAGCUGAGGGAGAGGACGGGGAGGAGAGGGAGCCAUGGAUGGGCACCAGCCCUACUCCUCCGAGCCAGCCCAGCCCAGUGUGGCUGAACUACACCUACAACAGUAGCCACUGUCUGAGCAGCGGGGACUCGGAGAGCAGUGGGGAGGAUGAAGAGAUCUGGGCAGAGCUGCAGAAUCUCCGUCAGAAACACCUCUCUGAGGUGGAGACCUUGCAGAUGAUGCAGAAGAAAGAGAUUGAAGACCUCUACAGCAGGCUAGGGAAGCAGCCCCCACCCGGCAUAGUGGCCCCUGCUACCAUGCUCUCUAGUCGUCAGCGUCGUAUCUCCAAGGGCAGUUUCCCCGCCUCUCGUAGAAACAGCUUGCAGCGGCCCGAGCCCCCGCCCCCUGGCAUUAUGAGAAGGAACUCUUUAAGUGGCAGCAGCACUGGCUCUCAAGAACAGCGACCAAGCAAGGGGGUGACAUUCGCUGGGGAUUUUGGCAGGAUGUGAGUCCGGAACCGAAGCAAUGUGGGACCAGGGUAGAGCUGAUGCCCUCAGGACCUGAUUCUUGAUCACUCUAACUCAGAAUGCUACUCCAAGGUGGACUGGUGCAGUUUUGGCAGACUUCAGCAUUUGUUAUCCCAAGUUACCUGGAUUUGAAUCCUCCCUCUAAUACUAUGUGACCACCUGCAAGUCACUUUUAAUUC